UUGCGUGGUGCCGGCAGCGCAGAGCGGCGGGGUCUCAUUGUUGGGCACGGCGGGAUCAUGAGGGGCGACCGAGGCAGAGGCCGCGGCGGACGCUUUGGUUCCAGGGGAGGCCCUGGCAGUGGGUUCCGGCCCUUUGUGCCGCACAUCCCCUUUGAUUUCUAUGUCUGUGAAAUGGCUUUUCCCCGCGUGAAGCCGGCCGCGGAUGAGACCGCCUUCAGCGAGGCCCUGCUCAAGAGGAACCAGGACCUGGCUCCCACCGCUGCCGAACAGGCCUCCAUCCUUUCCCUGGUGACCAAGAUAAACAACGUGAUCGACAACUUGAUCGUGGCACCGGGGACGUUCGAAGUGCAAAUCGAGGAGGUUCGUCAGGUGGGCUCCUACAAGAAGGGGACCAUGACCACAGGCCACAACGUGGCCGAUCUGGUGGUGAUCCUCAAGAUCUUACCCACCCUGGAAGCUGUGGCAGCCUUGGGGAACAAAGUUGUGGAGAGCCUGCGAGCUCAGGACCCUGGUGAAGUCCUGACCAUGCUGACCAACGAGACGGGCUUUGAGAUCAGCUCGGCCGACGCCACGGUGAAGAUCCUCAUCACCACGGUGCCCCCCAACCUGCGCAAGCUGGACCCGGAGCUGCACCUGGACAUCAAGGUGCUGCAGAGCGCCCUGGCUGCCAUCAGGCACGCGCGCUGGUUCGAGGAGAACGCGUCGCAGUCCACGGUGAAGGUCCUGAUCCGGCUGCUGAAGGACCUGAGGAUUCGAUUCCCCGGCUUCGAGCCCCUCACGCCCUGGAUCCUGGACCUGCUGGGCCACUACGCUGUGAUGAACAACCCCACCCGGCAGCCCCUGGCUCUCAACAUCGCCUACAGGCGCUGCCUCCAGAUCCUGGCUGCGGGGCUCUUCCUCCCCGGCUCCGUGGGCAUCACGGAUCCCUGUGAGAGUGGGAACUUCCGAGUCCACACGGUCAUGACCCUGGAGCAGCAGGACAUGGUGUGCUACACGGCGCAGACCCUCGUCCGCAUCCUCUCCCAUGGAGGCUACAGGAAAAUCCUUGGCCAAGAGGGUGAUGCCAGUUACCUGGCUUCGGAGAUGUCCACGUGGGAUGGGGUGAUAGUGACGCCUUCCGAGAAGGCUUAUGAGAAGCCUCCAGAGAAGAAAGAAGGGGAAGAGGAAGAAGAGAACCAAGAGGAACCUGCUGCAGGUGAGGAAGAGGAGAGCAUGGAGACACAGGAGUGAAGGUGCCCAUGGAAAGCCUUGGGGGCUGCUGCAGUGCCCCGAGCAGAGGCUGUGCUAGAACUCGAGCAGAGGAACGAGCCCACGACCUCUCCCUUGGCUGUGUUUUUAUAAGCUGCCCAUUAAAACGUUUCCCCCC